AGGGGUGACGAAAACAGCAAAUUACACAGCGGUGCUUUGAAGAUAUAUGAUUAUUGUCCUAUGAAACAAUUUUCAAGUAUUUUCUCUUUCAGAUGACAUAUAGAAGUAAGGAUAUUGUAGCUAAUUGAAAGAAACAUAAAGGAAAAUACGUAAACUGAGCGACGAUUGGGCAGCGUACAGGUAUAUAACGUCGCGUCGGUACAAAAUAGGAUGACGGUAUCAUUAGUAGAAGAACAAAGUUAGACUUAGACUUCACAUUAGUUCUAGCUGGAGCGGUAUGAAGUUGGGUUCAGAAUACAAUUUUGAAAUCUAUGGCACAGCUGCAGGUAGUAGUAAGACUCCUGCUUGCACCAGGCCUCUUAAUAACUCAGCAUGGAGCAUAACUGGACCAUCCACAUCUGUAUCAUGUAUCACCAGCAACAGCUCUAAGGAAUAUGGUACAGUUUCAUCAAACUUGCCUAUGUCAUCCCGAGCUAAUACAACUCUGAUGUCAUCAGCAACAAGUAGGGCACUACAGAGGGCUGCUAGUUCUGGAAGAUCAUGGAGUUACACCCCUCUUACAUCAAGUGGUGGUAGACUAAGAACUCCUGGACGGACUCCUGGGAGAACACCCGGGUCUAGGAGUACAGUAUUUGGAAGCUCAAGUACAACCCUUGGCGUCAAUCCUCAGUCUUCGGUUCUUGUAGCCAUUGUAGAAGGGAGAGGUGUAGCUCAGGGUGAAAUAGGAAUGGCUAGUAUUGACCUGAAGCAGCCUGAACUGAUAUUAUCACAGUUUUCAGAUAGUCAGACGUAUGUGAAAGUAACAACAAAGCUUCAAGUAUUGCAGCCUAUUGAGAUCAUUAUGCCUCAUACAGCAUGUGAAGGAGGAGCAAUGACAAAGCUUUUCAAGCUUAUUAGUGAUAAUUUCCAGGGUCUUGAUGUUACAACAGUCCAGCGAAAAUAUUUCAAUGAAACAAAAGGGCUGUCAGUAGUCAAGCAGUUAUGUGUUGCAGACUUCAGUGCAGUUGAAAUGGAAAUCACAUCAAAAUACUACUGCCUUGCAGCGGCAGCUGCUCUAUUGAAGUAUGUAGAGUUCAUCCAGAAUUCUGUUUAUGCACCAAAUUCAUUGAAAGUGGUCUUCAAAGGGAGUGAGCAAUCGGCUGUAAUAGAUGCAGUUACAGCUAGAAACCUUGAGCUUGUUCAGAACCGUAAAGAUCCCAAGAGUGAUCACACAUUGUUUGGCGUUCUCAAUUACACAAAGACUAUGGGAGGAGCUCGUUUGAUGAGGUCAAAUAUCUUACAGCCGCCACUGAAUGAAGAAACCAUUAAGCUUCGCUUGGAUGUUGUAACUGAGUUAACAGAGAGUGAGGAACUCUUUUACAAUUUGCAAUCAGUUCUGUCUAGGUUUAUUGAUGUGGAUCAUCUUCUGUCAUUGUGUGUUCAAAUCCCAAAGGAAGAAUCUGUGAAAUCAUCUGAGCAAAAGAUCACUAAUAUCAUCUACUUGAAGCACACUCUAGAGCUCGUUGAACCACUCCGUCUGGCUCUUCAGUCAGCCAAGUCAAAACUCCCUCAAGCAUAUCACAAGACUUUACAAGAUAGUCGAUUUCAGCAGAUCUUAGAAAAGAUUGGCACAGUGAUUAAUGAUGAAACCAGAUAUCAGAAAGGGGCUCUUAACAUGAGGACUCAGAAGUGCUUUGCUGUCAAACCAGAAAUUAAUGGUUUACUUGAUGUGGCAAGGAGGACCUACACAGAACUUGUUGACGAUAUUUCUGGCCUUGUUUUCACAGAGAUGAUCAAACAGCUCUCAGAUGAACAUGGUCUGUUGCUUAGGACCAAUUACAGUACAGCUAGAGGAUUUUUCAUCCAACUCUACAGUAAAGGCAAACACAGCAUCCCUAUAGAAUCUCUACCUUCGGUCUUUAUCAAGGUUGUCAAGGCAAAGAAUAUGCUCAGCUUCACUACAACAGAUCUGAUCAAAAUGAAUGACAGAGUAAGAGAGUCACUCAAUGAGAUCUACCUCAUGACUAAUGUUGUUGUGAGCCAGUUGCUGAAUGACAUCAGAGAGCAUGUAGGCUGCCUAUACAAGCUAGCUGAAUGUGUUUCUGUCAUUGACAUGCUUGUUUCCUUUGCCCAUACAUGUACUCUCUCAGACUAUGUGAGACCAGAUUUCACUGAUACUUUAGCUAUCAAGCAGGCAAAGCACCCAAUCCUAGACAAGAUCUCCUAUGAUCCACCCAUUCCAAACAACAUUUAUGCAUCAGAGGAGAGUAACUUUCUUAUCAUAACUGGUCCAAAUAUGAGUGGCAAGUCAACCUACCUGAAGCAGAUAGCACUACUACAAAUCAUGGCUCAGAUAGGUUGUUAUGUACCAGCAGAGUAUGCAUCUUUUAGGAUCUGUGAUCAAGUCUUCUCAAGGAUUGGAUGUGAUGAUGACAUUGAAACAAAUGCAUCAUCAUUUACGUUAGAGAUGAGAGAAGUGAAUUACAUUGUGCAGAACUGUUCUCAUGAAUCACUGGUCAUCAUUGAUGAACUAGGAAGAGGUACUAGUAGUGAUGAAGGUGUUGGUAUCUGUCAUGCUAUCUGUGAAUACCUUCUCAGUCUGAAAGCAUUCACAUUCUUUGCAACACACUUCAUGGAACUAGCCAAUCUGGAUGCUCUCUAUCCCAAUGUUGAAAAUUAUCACUUCCAAGUGGAGCAAAGUCAAGCUGAAGGUUUAGAUAACAACAUGAUCAACUACACUCACAUCUUAUCAAGAGGGAGAACAACAGAACAGUACUAUGGUAUCAAGUUAGCAGAGAUAUCCACCUUACCGCCAUCUAUUGUAAGAGAGGCCAAGAAAUUGUCACAGAAAUUAGCUCAUCAAAGGAAGACCCAACUAGAAUCUGUCAAAAGGGACCUGAAGAUGAGACCCCUCUUUAGACUAGCCAACAGGUUGCUUCAAGCUGCAAGGAGUUCCAAGUUAGACCAAGCUGGUCUAAGAGAGUACCUCAAAAUACUGAAGGAGAGUUACUUCAAAGAAAUGGGAUCAUCAGAAGAAUGAUGGGAAAUCAUUUCAACUUGCUUACAGACUCAUCAAAGCUACAAAGAAUUCAUCGUAAUGGGAGGUUCCAUGAAAUGUGUAUGCCAAACUGUAUGUGUGGGACUUUCCUGAAGUCCAAUCUAGUUGCUAGACUAGCCUUUCCCAAUAAAUAGAGACUUCAGAGUUCAUUUUCAAAGAUAUCCCUUAGCUUCUCUGAACAGUUGUAAAGCACAACCCUGUCAAGGUGGGUAUAUUUAUGUAGAAUUAUAAGAGUGCUGGUUUUUAUUAACUGGACAAGAGGUCUUAUCAAAGCCUGAAAUUUACAGACCUGAUUUACAGGUCUAACCGAUGAUUUGCUGUAAAUUAUCAAACUGAAUUCAUUAAGAAAUCUGAAAAGAAAAUCCUGAGUUAAUAGCCAAACUUGUGAAUUUAGUAUAAAUGAGAGAAAUUCUUGUGAAUAAUCUUUAUUUUGAAGUAUAAACCUCAAUAUACUGCAUAGGUUGACAUUUUUAAGACCAGGUUAUGCAAAGCAUUGUUAUUGCCUCUUCAAAGUGGAUAUUUUGCAUAAGUGUAACAGAUUUACAUGGUCUUCAGAGGUUUGAAUUAAUUAGGUUGACCUAUACUCACAAUUGAUAGCAUCUGUAUUAUGUAUUUAUAUAAUGUUAAAUUUGCAGUCCUACUCAGUAAUGUGCACACUUGUGGAAAAAUGUACAGACUUGAGCCCGGAGCACACUUUAUGAUUCGUUGCUAUCCGAAUUUAAAAGAUAUGGUAAUGACAUUUGAUUAUGAACAUUCCAGUCAAUAAAACAAUAGCAAUUAGAGUUCAGAAAAGUGGUAGGACUACUAAAGUUUUUUCAAUUCAAAAGCGUAAUCAUCGACUGCGAUUUAAAGCAGAUUUGGACUUUACCCCAACCACAGGACUUGCUGCCAAGCAAACUUGUGAUUUAUUAUUAACAUUAUACUGAAUUUCAAAUGAAAUAAAUUUACUUCUUGAAAUUCACACAUUUAAUGCAAAAUGCAAUUUAUCUUAAGUCGUGUCGUAUCAGAUCGCAUAGCGUGUGCGUUGGGCUUGCAGUUUGGUGUGCACAUUUGAACUGUAUAAUACAUAUUUAAAAUGUUCAGAUGCGUCACGUUUAGUUUGUGGGAAUAUUUGAAGAAAUGUUAAAUUCUAUCUAUACCUUUGGUAAGGUUCAAUAAUGUAAAAUAGACUAUCAUCUAAUGUUCUAAUCUUAAAAAGUGUAGUGACUGAAAAAAUAAAUGUUAAUUUUUAAAAUAAAAUUUGAAUUUUACCUUUAAGAUACAUGUAUUGCUCUUUCUUGGUAGUUCUUUUUAGCUACAAAGACUACAUCCUAAUACAUCUUUACAAAAAAUCUGAUCUAUGCUUGAGAAGUGGUUUUCUAAACCAAAAGAAAAAUUCAGUUUAUGUAAAUGUAGUUGGGAUACUAGCCAGUUUUAAUCACUAUUUGACAUAUCAACUUCUUACUUGGUCCAAGUAUGCAUACAUAAUUGAUGAUGAUCUAAUUGGAAAUUGCCAUUUGGUUUACACCUUCUUUAUCUACUAUCAGUUUGGUCUCAUUUAAGACUCAUUCUUGGUCUCUUUCUUGACCCCUGCUUGGGGCUGGACCCCACCAAAGACUUAGUCGGGCCCCCAGGACCCUCGGACAUUGGUUGUCCAGAUUUUGCAUUUCUAAAUGUUGGCAGGUAUGUGAAUGUGAACUAGACUAAUUGGGUAUUAAAAUAAGUGUAGUGGAGAUCAAACAUCAAUAUUUGAUUUAGUAUUAGAUUAUCUGAGAUGUAAUACCAAGUGAAUGUAAACUGACCUGAUUAGUUUUUAGGUAUCAAGGGUAAAGGUUGGAGGUCCUAACAUAUAUUGAAAUAUCUUGUUUUCAUGAUAAAGAACCGCAUGAGGUUUGGUGUGGUUACCAGAUUAGACUUGGGUUUAACCUAGGUUUAAUUAUCAGAAUCCCAUUCACAGAGUUCCAGAAAUGCUUGUUACUAUGGUGAUUCAUGAAAAUUAAAAUGCAUGAAAAUCAUAAAUAUCUCAUUAACAAAUAUGUCUGAUGUACCAUGUUUUACCUGCAGAGUAAAUCUGCCACUUCUUGAAUUUGUUCCAAGCAUGUGACAUUAAAAUUUCCUUUCAAUGAAUGGUCAUCCAAAUUUAAUGUCAAUUCAAGAAAAAAAGCCAUUCCGUAAGAAUGGUUUGGCUUUCAUGAUAUCAUCAAAAAUUUAUUUAGCAAACUUGUUAAAAGAAUAAGUUUGUAAAUUCAAAGUGUAAAUAUUCAGAAGUGAUUAUCUCUGAAAUAUUUUUCUUCAAGCUUGUGAGGAUGAUCUGGUGAGAGUGGUCAUGACAUUAAUGAAUAUACAUGUAUCUUGUUCUACCAAAUUUGAUAACAGUGUAAGAGAUCAGAUUAAAUGUAAAUUGUAUGCAUAUGCAAGUCCCGGGGGGGGGGUCACUUUCAUUGACGAAUGGAUACUAGGCACAACCGUGGUGUUUCAAAAAAGCGCCCUAAACCAGUAUUAUCCAUAUUCUGAAAAUGCACCCCAUAACAAGUAUUGGCAUGUGAAACCCUACUCUUCUAUGAUAAGAAAUGAAAUGGUAACCUUGACAAGUAUUCCCUGAAUUGACCCCUAAACAAGUACAGCAAUAUUUUGAUUGUUAUGUCACAGACAUGAUCACGGACGUUGGCUUUACCCUUACAUUGGGUUUAGUACCGCCUCGCCUCACUCAAAUCGGACUCAGUUGGGGCAAAAAGUAAAACCUUUAUAAGAGCAUUUCAGUCUUUUUAUACCCUCGCAAAUUUGACAGUAAACACAUAGCUUUCCUAGCGAAAUAUAUACCCUUUUUCAGUAUUUUAGUGGGUUUUUAUUAUACCUUUCUUAUGUUACUUGUGUAACCUGCUUGAAUUUUGAAAAAGAGAUCCUUCAUGCCUGGUAUUCACUCGUCAAUGAAAGUACCCCCCCCCCCUCCCCCUGAUGCAAGUA